AGAAAUCAAGAGCAGGAUGGGAAAGGCUGUUUACACAGGCACUUAGCCAGGAAACUGUGCUUGCCACAGAUCCCGUCAUUCAGGGAGCACAUCUCCGAUUUCCCUGAGCUCCCUCCCUCUCUUCUCCUAGCCCUGAAUUAUAUGGAGAAACCCAUCCGUAGGUGAGAAAACACAGCCAGUCCUGCACCAUGCACUCAAACGCUGCCUCUCCUUUAGUCUCUGGAAAGAAAGAGUUUGACGUGAAGCAGAUCCUGAGGCUCCGCUGGAGGUGGUUCAGCCACCCCUCGCAGGGCUCCGCCGGCUCCGGGGGCUGCCACCAGCAGGAAGGCUACGAGCACAGGGGCACCCCGGUGCAGAGCAGGCUGAAGAGCCACUCUCGGGACAGAAAUGGGCUGAAGAAGAACAGCAGCCCCGUGCACCACAACAUCCUGGCCCCCGUGCCCGGGCCAACGCCGGGGCACCACCGCUCCAUCCACAGCUGGCACCAGCAGAGCCUCAUCGAGCAGCUGCGCCCCAGCCAGGAGAGCCCCAAAGCCAGCACCGAGCAGAACUCCGGCAAAGAAGAGUCAAGUAAAGCCACACAGGAGCUGCAGAUGAUCACAGAGCAAAAUGCAGAUGAAUCUGCAGAGAGGCUGUCCAACACCAGCAGCUCUCUCGGGAUGAGCACCAAUGGCUCUGAUGAGUUUUUCCAGUCCACGAACCACGCGGAGCAAACCUUCCGCAAGAUGGAGAAUUACCUGCAGCAGAAGCAGCUCUGCGACGUGCUGCUGAUCGCGGGCGACCAGAAGAUCCCAGCCCACAGGCUGGUGCUCAGUGCAGUCUCUGAUUACUUUGCUGCCAUGUUCACCAACGACGUGCUGGAAGCCAAGCAGGAGGAGAUCAAGAUGGAGGGAGUGGAUCCCGAGGCGCUGAAGGCUCUGGUGCGCUACGCCUACACAGGUAUCCUCGAGUUGAAGGAAGACACAAUAGAGAGUUUGCUGGCUGCUGCAUGCCUUCUGCAGCUCUCCCAGGUCAUUGAGGUGUGCUGCAACUUCCUCAUGAAGCAGCUGCACCCUUCCAACUGCCUGGGGAUCCGCUCCUUCGGGGACGCCCAGGGCUGCACCGAGCUCCUCAAGGUGGCCCACACCUACACCAUGGAACACUUCAUAGAAGUAAUAAAAAACCAGGAAUUUCUUUUGCUCCCAGCUAAUGAAAUUGCCAAGCUCUUGUCUAGCGACGACAUCAACGUGCCGGACGAGGAGGCAAUUUUCCAGGCCCUGAUGAUGUGGGUGAGGCACGACCUGCAAACCCGACAGCAGGACCUGGGGAUGCUCCUCUCCUACAUCAGACUGCCCCUGCUGCCCCCCCAGCUACUGGCUGAUCUAGAAAACAGCCCAAUGUUUGCAGACGACCUUGAGUGCCAGAAGCUUCUCAUGGAGGCCAUGAAGUACCACUUGCUGCCAGAGCGACGCUCCAUGAUGCAGAGCCCCCGAACCAAGCCCAGGAAAUCCACAGUGGGUGCCCUUUAUGCUGUGGGGGGCAUGGAUGCCACUAAAGGCACCACCACAAUUGAGAAAUACGACCUGAGGACCAACAGCUGGAUCCAGAUUGGGACCAUGAACGGGCGGCGGCUGCAGUUUGGGGUUGCAGUGAUUGACAACAAGCUCUACAUUGUAGGGGGCAGGGAUGGCCUCAAGACCUCCAACAUCGUGGAGUGCUUCAACCCCGUCACCAAGGCCUGGACCGUGAUGCCCCCGAUGUCAACACACAGGCACGGCCUGGGAGUAGCAAUGCUUGAAGGACCGAUGUAUGCAGUUGGUGGCCACGAUGGCUGGAGUUACCUGAACACAGUGGAGCGCUGGGACCCGCAGGCACGGCAGUGGAAUUACGUGGCCAGCAUGUCCACCCCCAGGAGCACCGUCGGGGUCGCAGCCCUCAACAGCAAGCUGUACGCAGUUGGUGGCCGAGACGGGAGCUCCUGCCUGAAGUCCAUGGAGUGUUUUGAUCCCCACACAAACAAGUGGAGUUUGUGUGCCUCCAUGUCCAAGAGGAGAGGUGGUGUUGGUGUGGCCACCUACAACGGGUUUUUGUACGCCGUGGGAGGCCACGAUGCUCCUGCUUCCAACCACUGCUCCCGCCUGUCCGACUGCGUAGAGAGGUAUGACCCCAAAACAGACGCCUGGACCACGGUGGCCCCUCUGAGCGUGCCCCGGGACGCGGUGGGGAUCUGUCCCCUGGGGGACAGGCUCUACGCCGUGGGGGGCUACGACGGCCACUCCUACCUGGACACCGUGGAGUCCUACGAUGCUCAGAACAACGAGUGGACAGAGGAAGUUCCUGUCAACAUUGGCAGGGCUGGAGCAUGUGUUGUUGUUGUGAAGUUGCCCUGAGGACUGUAAAUUAUUGUGAAACUGAACUGAGUGGAGUCUCAGAAGUCAAGAAGCAUUUCCAGGACAGUGCAGACUGCACACAGCUCAGCAGCCCUCCCUUACAGACAAUAUUUAUCCCUGAGCCAUCACACCAUUUCAGCACAGAAGAUUCUUCCUGCAUCACAAAAAUCAGAAAACUUUGCGGAAGUGAAUCUCUUUGUUAUGCCUAAUAUGUAAAAUCCAGUAAAAUUAUUUAAAUGUUUGAAUGGUUGUUACAAAAUUGUAUCUGUUAUUUAUAAAUUGCAGCAGUGAGAGAUGUGUAUAAGAUUUUCAAAACUCUUUUUCCUUUCUAUGUUGUCAGGAAUGCUAAAGUUUAUAAAAAAAGCUUUUAUAUUUUAAGUACAUGAAAAUUACUAUAAAACACCUCCAACAGGGAACUGAACAAAAAGAAAUAUUUACUCCUAAAUAUUACUCUCAACAGAAUAUUCUCUGCAGAAACAACUUAAUUUUUAUAUUCAGAAGUUAAACUCCUAAAUUAACUUUAAAAUCAAAUCAGAGAAGCAGAUAAUUUGUUUGUUCUUUACCAUCCAGCACUGUUAGAACUGUGACAGAAUAUCCAUUUUUAGCAGUGUAUUGAAUUGAAUAGUAGGGUUAAAGUACCUUUAUCCUGUUGUGUGCCAGCAGAAAGAAAUCUCUCUUGUCAAAACAUACUGCAAAUAUAAUUUGCAAUAAUUUUCAGUGCAUAGAUUGGUGAUAUUUUAAUGCUGCUCUGUGUGUCAGGUUACUCAUGGAUUUCUUUUUGCCCACUAACCAACUGUCAGUAUGUGUUAAACUAAUCUGACUAUUCUUGGGAUAAUAACCAUGCAUUAAAUUUUAAAACAAUCACAUGAUUACAUUCCUUGAAUAUAACUUACAAAAAUGAAAUUUUUAUAUCAUAUUGAUAUGACAAUCUUUGACCUCAGCUGAAGAUUACCAGCUUUCUCUCAUGUACAGUAGAACUAUGGUAAGGAAUAAACCACUCCCACUGUGUAACUUCAGAUACCUUUUAUGUAAACCUGUUUAUGUUCUAUCUGGAAUUAGUGGAAUGAUAAGAAUCAAGAACAAACAGGAAAAGGAUCACCUGAGAACAGCACAUAGUAUUCCACAUGCAUGAUAUUUUCUUUUUGCGUGCCAAUUUCUACUGUUUUGCUUUAAUUUCAUUUUUUAUAAUUUCAAAUGCUGAAAGUGUAUUCUAGAAAAUGAAUGUAUGUAAGAUAUUCUAUGCUGUAAAGCACAAUAUUUGGUCAGUAUCCACCUCAGUGUUUGUUAUGUUGUUGUUUUGUCAGUAUAAAAAAAUUCAGGACAGAGACCUGAAAGUUGGCCUACACAUUCAGAGAUCUCUGAAUGUGUAGGGCAACUUUCCUGUUAGAAUACUGUGGUUUCAGAUUUUAGCAAUAUGCUAUUUUAAAAUAAAUUUAUAGUAUUAAAACUAUUGAAUGCCUCUAAAGAAAAAAAAUCUCAUAAGCAUAUUUAUAAAAAGAAGAACAUUUUUAACUUUAAAAAUCAAUUAUGUUUAUAUAUAGCAUGCUACAUUUAAAUAAACUUUACUUUCUCUGCUAAGAAAA